AUGUGCGCUGCUCCGGUACUCGAAGGAACGAACUACCCUUCUCUGACUAGCGGACACCCGGAAAGCAGCUGUACCGAUAUCCUCAUCGUUGGGCUGCACGUUAAGGUGUACGGUCUGGAUGAGAUCAAGGGGAGCAAGCUGCCCAUCGCGGCUGUAGUCGCAACACAUGGGAGGUGUAACAAGAAGGAGCAAAUGGCAUACUUUGCGCAUGGCCUGCUGGGUGCUGCUGUUGAUGCGGGCAAGGGCAAAUCGCGGAGAAGAGAUGUCAUCGUCGUAACUAUGGAUCAGCGAAAUCAUGGUUCUCGCUUGAAGGAUAAGAAGGCGAACCUGUCGUACGACGAAAACGAGCAUCAUCUCAUUGAUAUGGCCGCUUGCAUCACUGGCGGAUGCCACGACGUGUCGCUGCUCAUGGACUUUCUCGCUGCAUAUCUCUUCCCAGAUGGAGAGAGGGUCAUUGACGAGUUUAUACCGACUGGUAUAUCACUGGGAGGUAACCUGACCUGGCGUCUUCUCCGAGAAGAACCUCGCAUACGUAUCGCCAUACCCAUCAUCGGCCUUCCCUUCUCCUCUUUCGGCCCUUAUCUCCGCGCCCGAGCCGAAGCGAUGGGUCUGACAUGGGCACCACCCCUCGCGCCUCCGUCAAUCCAACAUCUGACCGACGUACCCCUCGAAGCGGAGCGAUACACCGGCAAGAAGAUCUUGUCGAUACAUGGUGCGGCAGAUGAGCUCGUUCCGAUCCGGCAGGGCCAGAAGGAUCUGGAUGGGAUUAAGGCGUUAAUUGGGGACGGGCUGGAGGUUUGGGUGGUAGAUGGAGUAGGACAUGCGGUGACGGCGGAGAUGGCGAAGCGGACGGGAGAAUGGGUGUGGAGAUGGGCAUUGAGCGAGCAGUCAGAGCAGGGCGUGGAAGAGACGAAGUCGCGCUACUGA